AAAAACACAAAGUUCUAGCUUUUUAAACUAACUGUGAAAUGUGUUAAUCGCAGCAGGGCUGCAUACCGAUACACAUAACAGCUGAGAAAUUGCGCGCUCACUGAGAGAGAAAGAGAGAGAGAGAGCGAGAGACGAGAGAGAAAGAGAAAGGAAGAAAGAACGGAAAAAAACGUGCGCGUGUUUCCCCACUCUCAUUCUUAAUUCAAUUCAAUUCGGUUUAGUUUCCUUUAUUUUUGUAAAUUUCAAGUUUCCCCAAUUUUAAAUUAAGGAUGUGGCCACGUUUUGGCAUCAAGAUUGGCAACAGCACCCUCUGCAUUGCACACAUAAGGGCCGACGGUAAAGUUGAGGUCAUAGCCAACAAACAGGGAGAUCGCGUCUCGCAGGCGUGCCUUUUAUGGGAUGGAGCAAAUGAAAUAGAAUGUGGACUGACGGCCAAACAGAAAAUGGCCACCCGGCCCAGACAGGCGGUGGCUCAUAGUUUCCAAUUGCUACAGCCCAAAGAGCAAUUGACCGAGGAACAGCUAACGAAUGCCAUUAGGGAAAUCCCAUGUGAAUUCGAUCAGGAGGAGUUUGUGUUUCGCAUGGAGCAUACACAGCCAUCCGAACGCGAGGAUCAGGAUGAUAAAGUGGUGACCAAAGAGAUGGGCGCAUAUGAAGUGACCAUAGAACUGCUUAAAGCCGAACUUGAGUUAGCCCAUCAAUAUCAUACCGAUAGCGAGCAUGCUCCCAUUGCAGUAAUUUCCAUACCCAGCUACUAUACAUCGGAAACAAUCAGGCUGCUGUCGGAUGCUGCCAAAACAGCUGGUUUUCAUGUGGCUCAAAUUAUCGCCGAGCCCACAGCAGCCGUCUUGGGCUAUAAAAUCGGUGAGGAGCCCCUCAACGGCACUCAGCGUCAGCAUGUUCUCGCCAUCAAGUGUGGCGGUCUCUACAGUCAUUUCUCUUUGUAUGCCGUUCAGCACGGUUAUUACGUAGAGUUGGCCACUUUCGGGCCCUACCCCAUUGGUGGUCGCCAGUUUACCGAGGCCUUGGUCCAAUUCAUCUGUGAGGAAUUCAAACGGAAAUACAAGUUGGAUCCCCAUGAGUCACGCCGCUCGUUGGCAAAAAUCCGUACAGCAGCCGCCAAUUGUAAGCACAUUUUGACGACUCUGCCAUCCACUCAACUGUAUAUUGAUUCCCUCAUGGAUGGCGUCGAUUACAAUGUGCAAAUGUCGCGUGCCCGCUUUGAGAGUUUAAUUCAGCCGGUAAUCAAUCAGUUUAUCCAACAGUUGGGUGAAUGUGUGGACCGCGCCCAACAAGAGCAUCCCGAGGAUUUGAAACGCAUUGAUGACAUCGUUCUGCUAGGUGCCACCAUGCAGAUCCCCAAACUUCAGGCGGCCGUGGCUGCUCGCUUCCCUGAUGCCAAACUCCACAAUAGCCAUUCGGCCGACGAAGUGGUGGCCAUCGGUUGUGCCCGUCAAGCUGUAUGCCUUCUGGAUCCCGUCGAGCAGCAGCUGCAAAAGGCCGAUGAUUGUGUUCUCGUCGAGGAUGAUCUGUACAUUUGGCAUGGCAAUGAUAAGUCCAAUGCCAAAUUGGUUCUCGGCAAGGGUAGUGUUUUACCAGCCAAAAUUAGGCUGUCGUUGCCCCAAUCCGGAGAGGGUGAUGCCAAUAACUCGAUGGCACCAUUCAUGCUGCGUACUGGCGAGAGCGAGAUCUUGGCCCGCCUGCCCGACACCACUCCCACUGAGGAUGGUCUCUUUAAACUAGAAGUCGAGGUCGAUUGGAAUGACAAGGAUGGCCAUAUAGCACCCCUGGUGCGACUGCGUUGUAUGUAAGGGUCAGCCAGCCUUUUGUAGACUAUUUAUUGUUGGUAGCCUAAUGAUAAUUAAUUAAUACGACAAACCCGAACACAAACAAAUUAUAAAACAGAAACAAUUUAAUUCUAUACAUAUAUAUAUAUAUACAUAUAAUUAAAUCCAAAACGAAAAAUCUAAUAAAUUGACGGUUAUACAAGAACAAAUUUAAAACAAAA